AUGAGUGCCCAUUAUCUGACCUACACAUUUGACAUUCAUGGUGGUGGGAUGGAUCUUAUCUUACGGCAUCACGAAAAUGAAAUUGCCCAGAGAGCAAUAUCAGUUAUUGGAUUCAUAAUGGGUUCGUUACAGCAAAUGGUGAGAAAAUGUCAAAAUCACUUGGUAACUUCUUCACCAUUGGUGAGAAGCAAAGCUCAUACUAACCCUUUUGUGUACCAUCCACUUGCUUUGAGGUAUUUUUUAAUGGGCACACAUUACAGAUCACCUGUCAAUUACUCAAUUGAACAGAUAGAAAUUGCAUGA